GAAUACAGUAGGUUCUGGCGAUUGAUUCGAAAGCAUUCAACCCAUAUACGUUCAUUUUUUUUUUCGACACGAAAAUACACAAAAAGUCAUCGAUUUGAAGCCAUAAUGAGCACCAAACUGGACUACGAUGUGACCGAUCCCACCGUCCAAUUGCUCCGGGCAUCGGCGUUCAUGCAGAACGGGCCAGUGAAGCAGGUUCGCAGCCUGGAGGAUCUGGACCGCUGGGUUCGCUCGCAGGCCUAUUACGAUAUCAUUGCCUACAUUAGCAACACCAGCAAGGCCAUCCAGGGCCAUCGUUUGACGCAGGCCUUUCCGGUGACGGAGCAGAUGCGUCGAUUGGGCGAGAUAUUCGAUGGGCUGGAGCAGCUGAUCGUGGAGCAUACACCGAAGAUGGAGGACUCGAAUCUGGCGUUACCGUUCGGCCAGGUCAGAAGCAAGGCCUAUCGCACUUGGAUGCGCCAGAUGUACCAGCAUGUGUUCAGCAAACUGGACGAGGCCAUCAAUGUGAACUGCAAGCACAUCAACGAACUGGGACAGUACCUUCGCCGAUCGUUUGGGAAUGCGAACACCCUGGACUUUGGGCCCGCCAACGAGUUGAUGUUCCUCUUCUUUCUCUGCGGCCUAUUUCGCGCCGGUAUCCUGCUGGCCAAGGAUACGGUGGCCGCUGCACUGAUGCUCUUCAAUCGCUAUGUGAAUGUGGUAAGGCGCCUGAUCAGCACCUAUGGACUGACCAUUGCCAAGGAUCCGGCGUGCACCAUCGAAGACUACUACUUUCUGCCGUAUCUGUGGGGUGCGGCCCAGUUAUCGCUGAAUUCUCCCUUCUCGCCGAUGCAGUGUGAGCAGGGGAAGAUAAUGGACAGUUAUAGGCAGGACUACAUGAUGCUGGAAAUCAUUGACCACCUGCAGAAGACCCGCAGCGGUCCAUUGAGCCGCGUGGCCCUGCAGCUGUGGAGCAUCCUAUCGAUACCCACGUGGCCGCAGGUCUACAGGGGAUUGAACCGCAACUACGUUGACCAUGUGCUCUCCUCGUUCGGAACCGUGGAGCAAGCCAUCUUCUGCGAACUGAUGUCCUUCGAGGCGGUUGUACCGAUCAUUCCUCUGCAACGGGCAUACUUGGGCACCCACUCAAUGGUGGAUGAGCAGGAGAACGAGGAUGAGCUCGAGCAGAAACGUGGGGAAAAUCGAUGGGAGCUAUCGCCACCGGUCAGCAGAUAUGUCAGCAUGGAGCCGGAAUCCUUUCUCGGCUUCCAGGGAUCCAAGAUUCAAAACAAAUCUGAGGAUAGCGAGGAGGAGCGGCUCUGGAUGAUGCGACAGUUGGUCGAUGAGAACGAUCCAAACUCCGAGAUGUUUUUCCCGGAUCGCGAAGUUAAAGGACGUGAUUCACUCACUUCGUUCGCCAACUAAGGUCACUAAAAUGUCAAUCCAAUUAAUAUAUGUGAAUUUCCGAGGAAGCUAACUGCAUGGAAAUUGGUCUGCACUUUUGAAUUUUAUAUUUACGUUAGCCCAACUAGCUGAUUUAUUAAUUUGUGUUUCGAAUUUCCUGCAAAAGUGCUUUAUUUAUGUUUAAAAAUUCACCUUAUUGGAAUAGGAAAAGGGACGCAAAGCUUUUGUCUGCACGCAGGCGCAAAUCGGUUUUGUGUUCAAACUAACUUGGAACUAUGGAUUUUAAAAUAAUAAUAUCGUUUUCACACGGACUCUUGAUAUCGAUAUUUCAGAAAUCUUGUUGCUCUCUCCUCUGCAACGAGUCGCGGUCAAAUUGUGCCAAGCUUUCGCAAUAGAACCAUUUAUAUUAUUUUAAAAAUAGCCUUUUCCGCGAAUUCAAAUCGCUAGGGAUUUUUGAAG